CGGAAUUCCUCCAUUUAAAAAUUUUACUAGUAAAUGUGAUCAGGAUUUACUUUAUUUUAAUAUCCCUAAAGGAUACCGUGAAAAUACUAUAGAAGGCACGCCUGAAGAUUAUAAGGAACUUUAUGAAAAAUGUUGGAAUUCUAUACCCGAAAAAAGACCGAAUGAAGAUAAUUCAACUUAUGAGUAUUCGACUCCUAUAGAAACCGAAAUAAAUAUUAAAAAUAUUUCGGCUGAAGAACAAACCAAUGAAUUAAAUCAACUUUUAGAUACGCAUGAUGAUUUAAUUAUUCCAUAA